GGUUGCAGAUCACUUUUCAGGACUUUUAAAAUCAUUGUCACUUCCUGGGAAGUCCAUCAAAACACAAGCAAGAGCACACAACUAGCUGAAGAGAGAAACAAGCACGACUUCUUGUAGAAAUACUGGUUUUCCAGGAUUUUCACAUGGAUCGGUCCAUCAAUUUUGGCAGCCAGGGAGGAGAAAUUGCAGUGAAUUGUGAAAGCAGCGAAAGCUCGAGUAAAGAGACCGUUAUGAAUAGAAGCAACACUCCCGGAACGUUUGAGAGACCCAGACCCUCGUUCUAUGAAGUACUAAAUGAAGCGCUUCGCCGACAGAGCCAAGACACAUCCGACCGGCUUAGCUAUCAAUCGAGAUCCAGUCCAGAUGGUUCUUCCCGCGAGAGCCCAUGGACAAAAGUUGUUUGGAGCAAGGUGAAGUCUCAGUUAACGCACCUUCAUGGUAAGGAAACGCGUCAACCAGAUGAGCACAAGGACGAUCUGGUCGAAGAUCUCCCCGAGGAACUGAAGAAGAUGACAUUUGGCGCGUUCCUGAUUCUCCAAUGCUUGGUUCUAUUGAUAAUUGUGCUUGCCUUGAUUUGCAGCCUCAGUAUUUCUAGUCUAAAGAAGCGAACCCUGUGGGAUCUUCCGAUAUGGAAAUGGGAAGCAAUGGUUUUGGCUUUAGUAUCAGGACACUUAGUAUCAAGUUGUGUGGUUCGGGUUGUCGUCAAAGUGGUCGAACGGGUUUUCCUACUGCACAGGAGGGUUCUGUACUUCAUCUACGGACUAUGGAGGGCGGUGCGAAACUGCCUCUGGUUGGGCCUUGUUUUGCUCGUGUGGCAUCUCGCUUUCCAUCCCCAAAUGGAGAAGAAGGCUGGUGGCCGGGCAUUGCCCUAUGUGACCAGGGUUUUAGGGUGCUUCCUGGUGGCAUCAGUGAUUUGGCUCUUGAAGACGCUCCUCGUUAAGGUCCUCGCUUCAUCCUUCCAUGUCAAUACCUACUUCGAACGGAUUCACGAGGCUCUAUUCGAUCAAUUCGUCAUUGAGACACUCUCGGCGAAAGCAGCAAUAAGGUACAAUGCAGGGGAGGAGGAAUGUGGCGAUGCCUCCAGGACAACAGAGUUGCAGCAUGUCAACGCUCCUUCAAAUGAUCUCAGAGAGAGACUUCUACCGAAAGGUGACAGAUCGAUGAAGAGUGGAAGAUCAACAGACCAUCCCAAGAUCGGAGGAAGCGCAGAUUUAGCUGGAAGGAGGAUUAAUCAGAAGAGCGCGUUGGCUUUGAAUAUUGGGAGGAUGAUGGAUAUCAUUCAGCACGAGACUCUAUCGACUCUGGAUGAGAAGAUACUGGAUUCAAACUUGGAAGAUGGGUCUUCGAUGGAGAUCGGAAAUGAGGGCCAGGCAAAAGAGGUGGCCAAGAAGAUUUUUCUCAAUGUGGCCAAACCUGGGUCCAAGCAGAUUUGUAAGGAUGACCUGAUGCAAUUCAUGAACAAGGAUGAAGCUGCGAAAAUCAUAAACCGUGCUGCUCCAGGAAAACGCGUAAUUGACGAGACAUCUCUUGAAAGUUGGGUGAUUAAUGCCUUUAAAGAGCGCAAGGCACUUGCGCGAUCUCUCAACGACACCAACACAGCUGUCGACGACCUCCACAACAUGCUUAACGUUUUAGUGGCUAUCAUCACUGCCGUUAUCUGGCUUAUCAUACUUGGAGUCCCCAUCAUGCAGUUCCUUGUCUUCAUAAGCUCGCAGUUCCUUUUGUUGGCCUUCGUUUUCGGGAAUAGCUGCAAGAUGGUAUUCGAAGCAAUUAUCUUCUUAUUCGUGAUGCACCCGUACGACGUUGGUGACUUCUGCGAAGUGGAUGGAGUACUGAUGUUUGUUGAAGAGAUGAAUAUAUUGACCACUGUGUUUCGGAAGCUCGACAACCUGAAGAUCAGACACCCCAACAGCGUCUUAGCCACCAAGGCUAUAAGCAAUUACAACCGUAGCACGGAGAUGGUGGAGAUCAUUAAUUUUUGCCUGCACAUCUCCACUCCCAUGGGAAAGAUCAACAAGCUGAAAAAGAGGAUUGAACGGGAUGUGGAAAGCCGGAGCAACCACUGGCACCCAAAUCCAAUGGUCCUAAUAAGGGACCUAGAGGACAUGAACAAGAUAACCAUGACACUGUGGCUCGUGCACAGGAUCAAGCACCACGAUAACAAAGGGAGGUUGAUGAGGAGGGCCGCCCUGAUCGAAAACUUGAUCGAGAUAUUCAGACAGGAGGAGAUCGAAUAUCGGAUGCUGCCUCUCGACGUGAACGUCCGCAACCUGCCAAGCCCCACCUCGGACCGGCUUCCUUCCAAUUGGACAGCCUGUGCCACCGAACACAGAAAGCUAACCAACCGGGAUGAUCAAGAGAAACCAAUUUAUGGAGUUAAGGCAUAAUUCCUACUGUGUUCGAAAACAAUUAAGAUGAAGGCGUGAACCGUUGAAUCGAGACCGAUCAGACGGUUGACAUAUUAAGUGUCUUUAAUCUGACGGUGGACAAUACUAACUGUCCAACGGACAUACGUUUACUUUAAUCCUACAAUAAAUCCUCAGGCAAUAGAAAGAUCCCGAAAUUACGCUUUCCUCCAAAUAAAUGUCGUAGGUUUUGCGGGAACCCAUGAUGUAUAUGAGUUGACUCUUUACCGUUUGUUGCUCUUGCUCUGGAUGUUUGAACUUCAGUUAUGGAACAUGAUAACGAAAUGCUCUCCUUCAUUA